ACCCACAGUAGUCCUUUAUAGUUGCUUUAGUCUGCUUUAGGUCUUUUAGUAUAUUAACUUCGUACAAAAUAUCAAAAUGGCGUUCAGCCUUGCCGCUUUUUCAUACAUCAUAGCAUUAAUAAUCGAUGCCUUUCUCAUCUUUUUUACGAUUUAUCACGUAAUUGCAUUCGACGAGCUCAAAACCGAAUACAAAAAUCCUAUAGAACAGUGCAAUAGCUUAAAUGUACUCGUUCUUCCGGAAUAUGGAUUACACCUCUUUAUCAAUUUAUUAUUUUUAAUUAGCGGAGAGUGGUUGUCAUUGCUCAUCAAUGCUCCGCUAAUAGCAUAUCAUAUAAAUAGAUAUUUAACAAGGCCUAUCAUGACUGGGCCAGGUUUAUACGAUGCAACAAGUGUACUCAACGCUAAUAACUUAUCAAGAUGUCAACAAGAGGGUUGGGUCAAACUGGCAUUUUAUCUUCUUUCCUUUUUCUAUUAUCUCUAUGGAAUGAUAAGUUCAUUAAUUCAUUGAGGAGACUAAAAAUCGUUUCUGCUUCUAAAAUGGCAGUACAUACGAACAAAAAAAAUGCAUUCCUGCUAUGUGGAAGAAUGAACUCCUCAGUGCCAAAAACACUCAAGAUUGUUGCAAAAUUAUUUUGACAGCGGUCACGUUCAGUUAUCAGCAUUUAUCAAAUUACUUGACAAUGUAAGGUGUAAGGCUAUAAUAAUAUAUGCAUUAAGUUUGAGAAAAAAUGUGAAUGUGAGAGCGGAAUACGUCUAUUGUUUCUAGUCACAAUGAUUUUUAUUCAGUCUUGGAUCUUCCUGUAUCGUUUACAAUCGAACGAACGACACAACGGCAGUUUUAUAAAGAGACAUACGUAUCUUUAGAUAAGACAUUCAUGAUUUUCCACUCGUCUAUGCUAAAUAAAUUUGUACAAAAAAACAAUAAAACUAUGGUUGUUCCAAGCUCUUA